CAACUAUUCCAAUUUUCAAAUUAUAGCUCGACAAUCAUCGCAUCCGGCAAUUCCUCACUGUCAAGCCAACAUAAUCAAAUUCUUCGAAGAAAUAAGUCAAAAACGGGAGGAAAAACAAAGCAAUAAAUUCACAAUUCCAUCUGUUGAAGCUCGCAGAUUUAUAUCUGAAGCCCUAGUACCAAUGUCUAGUGGUUUAAGUGGGGGUAGUGAUGGUUCUUUUGAUGCUGAUGACUUGUCGAAGAUCAGGGAACGAUUUAAGGAGGCGAAACAAAGUGAAUUUUUUGGUGCUUUGACGCCCGUGCUUAUGAGCCAGCCUUACAAAGGAAAAGGAGAUGCUCAGAGAUUCUAAGUCCCAGGGGUUUGAGCUACUCAGGAGAUUGGAAUUCCAUGUUAAAACAUUGUCUGAAUCCCGCGAAGGAGACAAGAUGCGCAUAACAGAUUUGGAAAGAGAACUCAGUAAUUGCAUCCAAGAAAUAGAUUACCUGCAGGAUCAACUGAGCGUGAGGAACUCAAGCCUUAACUAUCCUGGCGAGCAAGUAUGUAGCUGUCGCUUUAAACUUGCAGACAUGGAAGAUUUAGAAGAGGAGGUAGGAAGGUUAAGGGAACAGAUUAAGAUAUCCGAGUUCGAAAGGUUAUUGUUGAUGCAAGAAGUAGAGGAUAAAGAGGAGGCAAUAAGAUGUUCAGCAUCACGCAUCGAAAACCUGGAGGAAUCUAUUUCAUCUAUGGCAUUAGAAUAUCAAUGUGAAAUAGAGAGCAUAAAGCUGGACGCAAGCACCUUGGAGCAGAAUCUUUUUAAAACUAAAAAAUUUCUGGAAGAAAAAACUCGAGAAAAUUCCACAGUGAAUGGGUUGAUUGAAGACCUCGAAACUAGGAAUCAGGACGCAUAUAAGGUCAUCGAGAGAUUAAGGAAGGAAAAUAAAGAUUUGACAGAAAAGUUGCAGUUUUCUGAUUUGAGUAUCACAACAUUCGUCAAGGAUGUGGAGGAGCAGUUACAUGACUGGCUGGCGAAAAUUGAGGGCCAGCCCUCAAGUAAACUAAAGAUAGAUAUGAGCACAUAUGGCAAUGUCUUAGGCCCACUCUUUUCUAAACUUGCCGCUUUGAGAGCAACAGAUGGAGAUUUGAGAAACAAGAUUGCUGAUAUGUCGCGACAGGUAGAUGACUAUGAACGCCUUGUAAGGCAUCUUAAGGAGCAACUGAGAGAUGAAAGGGUGAAAGCGAAAGAAGAAGCAGAGGAUUUAGCUCAGGAAAUGGCCGAGUUGAGGUAUCAACUUACGGUCCAGCUUGAUGAAGAGUGUAAACGUCGUGCCAGCAUUGAAAAUCUAUCUUUACAGAGAAUCUCUGAAUUGGAGGCUCAGAUUGUGGAAGAACGGAAGAAAUCCACCAGCCCUCGAGAUCUUGUACUAUGCAAACAGUGAAGCACAGACGAGGACCCUCAAAGUUAGAAGCGAUCUAUUUCCAAGAGAUAGGCAGCUGCGUUGGAAAACAUCGACAGCUUUGUAUAUGUUGGCACUGAAGAGAGCCUCUACUGCUCCUGAUCCACUCUCGCUGCACGUUGAGACAUGCUUCCUCAAAUUCUUUACUGCUGGCGAUAUCUUCUCAGUUGAUUGUGUUGCUUGAUGCGUUUUGGUGGAGGGAUUGUGUUUUAACUGCUGCAUUAGCUGAAAUGAGCUUUGUAUAAUUCUUUUUUUAUAUGUAAAAAAAUAAUUAUGUUGAUUAAGGUGCCAAGUCAAUACUAGAUGAGGAUGGUCUUCGUAUUUGCAAGAGUUUUGUUUGCAAAUGAGAAGAGAUUGAUUGUAGCAUACACAUUUUCUUGAACGCUGUGUAUUUGGCCAUUGUGUUGUGUGCCAAAUGAAGUCGUUUAUAUACUAUAUACUUACAACUUUGAAGGCUA